AUGUCCAGAGACGCUCCAAUUAAGGCCGACAAGGAUUAUACCCAGAUUAUAAGGGAAGAGUUCCCCAAGAUUGAUUUAAUUGCUCAUAAUGACUAUAGCUCUGCACUAGAUCAAUUAUUGAUCUUGGAGAAGAAAACCAGACAGGCUUCGGAUUUGGCCUCCUCGAAGGAAGUCCUCGCUAAGAUCGUGGACCUGUUAGCAUCGCAGAGUAAAUGGGACGAUCUGAACGAGCAACUGACUCUCCUAUCUAAGAAACAUGGCCAACUUAAACUGUCCAUCCAGUAUAUGAUACAGAAGAUUAUGGAAUAUUUGAGAGACUCGAAAACCCUCGACUUGGACACCAGGAUUAAAGUUAUUGAAACUAUUAGAGUGGUUACUGAGAAUAAGAUAUUUGUUGAGGUGGAAAGAGCUAGAGUAACCAGGGAUUUGGUGGAAAUCAAGAGGAAAGAAGGUAAGAUUGAUGAGGCCGCAGACACCUUGUGUGAAUUGCAAGUUGAAACUUACGGUUCCAUGGAAAUGUCAGAAAAAAUUGAAUUUAUAUUAGAGCAAAUGGAAUUGAGUAUAUUGAAAGGUGACUACUCCCAAGCCACUGUACUUUCGAGGAAAAUCUUAAAAAAAACCUUCAAGAAUCCUAAAUACGAAUCAUUGAAGCUGGAGUACUAUAACCUUUUAAUCAAGAUUGGUUUGCACAAGAAAGAUUACUUAGAAGUUGCCCAAUAUUUGCAAGAAAUAUACCAAACGGAUGUUAUUAGAGUAGAUGAGACCAAGUGGAAACCAGUUUUAUCUCAUAUCGUGUAUUUCUUGGUUCUUUCACCUUAUGGUAAUUUACAAAAUGAUUUGAUUCACAAAACGCAAAAUGAUAAUAAUUUGAAGAAACUGGAAAGUCAAGAAUCUCUAAUAAAAUUGUUCACCACACACGAAUUGAUGAGAUGGCCAAUUGUUCAAAAAACUUACGAACCCGUUUUGAAUAAGGAUGAUUUGGCAUUUGGUGGAGAAGCCAACAAGCAUCACUGGGAGGAUCUACAAAAGAGAGUCAUUGAGCACAAUUUGAGAGUUAUUUCCGAGUACUAUUCCAGAAUCACUCUAUCGAGAUUAAACGAAUUGCUGGACUUGACAGAAACUCAAACUGAAACUUACAUCAGUGAUUUAGUCAACCAAGGUAUCAUAUACGCAAAAGUUAAUAGACCAGCCAAGAUUGUCAAUUUUGAAAAACCCAAAAACUCAAGUCAAUUACUGAAUGAGUGGUCACAUAACGUUGACGAAUUAUUAGAACAUAUAGAAACAAUAGGGCAUUUGAUUACAAAGGAAGAAAUUAUGCAUGGUUUACAAGCCAAAUAA